GGUGAAAGGUGAAAGGUGGGAACGCAACUAUAAAAAGAAAAGUAGGAUACGUCGACGUGAUAUGGACGGGGUGGAGACGACAAAGAUCGCCAAAUUAGAAACUUAGAAUCAAAAACAGAAAACAGAGAAUCGUUUUUUACGCGCCUUAUUUUUCCUCCGAUUGCGAGGGAACCGUGAAUCCCUCAACUACUCCCCAAUUCCUCAUUCCAACUCAUCUCCCAAUGGAUUACUGACUUUCUUCCUCCUUCAAACCCUAGCCCAUUUACCUCUGGAUCUCGCUAGGGUUUCUUGUACCUUUCAUCGGUCCCACUGCCAUUCUUAAGGUAGAUAUUUGUUAGCUUAGUUCUUUAGGUAGCGUGAGAGAUUAUCAUAUAACUUUAGAAAGGAGGAAAUAUGAGGAACAAUUGGGUGUUCUUCAUUGAUCUUGAUGGAGGCUCACCUUAUAUCUUGCCGAUUGAGCCCUUUGGAGGUCAUUUGUUUUCACAUAUUAGUUCAUUCAUGGAUAAUUCUCUAUUUCAGUCUAGGAAUUUGUAUAUGACUGGAAGUUUAGCACUUCAAGAAGCCUUUAAUUGCUUUUCAAAGAUAGCUGGCGCACUAUUAAUAUGGUGCUCGAGUACAUCAACUGCAAAUGUGACUCGGGAGAUUGCAGAUGAUUUACAUGGUUCAAAUUCUAGAAGCUUUAAAAACUUUAGUGAAGUUCGGGGCAUCCGUUCUGGUAGACUUGGGUCUGGAGGAUUUCACUUUAGCUUUAAUUUGGAUAAAGAACUUUCGAACCCGAUUUUUCUUGGCAAGCUUGGAAGUUUUGCAUCGAAACUCAAACUCCUGGGUAAAGAGGCUGGAAAACAACAAUUGCAUCCUUUGCUCACCGUAGCGGCUGCCUUAGUUCCUCCACUUAACAACCUCAGAUCAUCAGAUAUUAUGCCUGUUCCAUUGGAGAACAGCGCAGUGCAAGUCCAUGGAAGCAUGGAUCAGAAACCCUGUGAAGUUGCAUAUAGAACACAUGCUGGCUUAAUGGUUCCUGAUGUGAACUGGGCAAGGAAUGCAAUUGAACCCAAAACUGGCAUUGAAUUUCCCAUGAUGCUAGACAACAUUUUGGAUGCAGAAAAUAAUUCCUGCUUGAGUUCAGAGGUUCUUGUUGGAACUGGAUCCAGUAUAAAGAAAAUAGUCAAAAUUAAAUCCCUGAAGGUCUAUGCUUUUGGCUUUUAUGUUCAUCCAAAAUCUGUCUGUGAGAAGCUUGGUCCAAAAUAUGCUUCUAGUCCAGCAGAUGAAUUAAAUGAGCGGUGUGAUUUUUAUGAGGACCUCCUGAGGGAGGAUAUUAAUAUGACUGUCAGACUUGUGGUUAAUUACAAUGGGAUGAAAAUCAAUACUGUAAGAGAUGCUUUUGAGAAAUCACUUAGAGCACGAUUGCUGAAGGCAAAUCCAGAAACUGAUUACCAUUGUGUGAGGACAUUUGGCUCUCUCUUCACUAAAGACAUCCCAUUACCUGUCGGAACAACAAUUGAUUUCCGACAGACAGCUGAUGGACAACUAAUCACAGAAAUGGGAGGCACUCUUAUUGGAGCAGUUCGUAGCAAGGAAUUGUGUAGGGCAUUCUUUGAUAUGUACCUCGGAGAUGUUCCAGUGUCCGAGGAAACAAAAAAAGAGAUUGGUAAAAAUGUGGCAGGUCUUAUUGGUAGAUGCUGACCAAACAUCUUUGUCCCGAAGUUCCAGCUUGAAUUGUCCCCAUUUUAUACGGACAAUUUGGUUGCUGUGACAUGAGGAACUUAAUGCAGCUGGCUAUAGCAUUAAAAAUCCAUCACUUGGUUUACGCGCAAAAGCUGGCAAUAGCGAUUGAGGUCCAGUACAUAUUUCCGAAGGAAACACAGGUGCCACACCAAAUUAUCAUUGAAUUUUUUUUACAACUAGGGCAUAUGCAUCAAAUUGAUCGGCAUUCAUUCUUUGGAUUUCUUAUACUUUAUAAUUAUUCCCAUUUGCCAUCUGUUUUCAUUAAUUUCUCUCAGCCUUUGUUCCAAGUAACUUGAAUAAGUAGUUGUUGGUUAUGGUAUCUAUGAGAGUGGGUGGGAGUUACACAAAGUUAAUCUUUUCUUGUUUUAAAUUUAGAACAAUUUUUAGUUGGUUAGCUAAGAAGACUUAGUUUAGGAUUUUGUUUCUAAAGACAAUUGUACUCGGGUUUAUGAGUCGUGUUUAAUAUAAAUAAAGUUUUCAUUGUCUUUUUCUUUAUU